UUGAGCUCCAUAGAGACAGCGCCGGGGCAAGUGAGAGCCAGAUGGGCACUGGGCGACUCCGUGCCUCGCUGAGGAAAAUAAUUAAACAUGGGCAAAGGAGAUCCUAAGAAGCCGAGAGGCAAAAUGUCAUCAUAUGCAUUCUUUGUGCAAACUUGCCGAGAGGAGCACAAGAAGAAGCACCCAGAGCCUUCAGUCAACUUCUCAGAGUUUUCUAAGAAGUGCUCAGAAAGGUGGAAGACCAUGUCUGCUAAAGAGAAAGGAAAAUUUGAAGACAUGGCAAAGGCGGACAAGGCCCGUUAUGAAAGAGAAAUGAAAACUUAUAUCCCCCCUAAAGGGGAAACAAAAAAGAAGUUCAAGGAUCCCAAUGCACCCAAGAGGCCUCCUUCGGCCUUUUUCUUGUUUUGUUCUGAGUAUCGCCCCAAAAUCAAAGGAGAACACCCCGGCCGAUCCAUGGGUGAUGUUGCAAAGAAACUGGGAGAGAUGUGGAGUAACACCGCUGCAGAUGACAAGCAGCCGUAUGAAAAGAAGGCUGCUAAGCUGAAGGAAAAAUAUGAAAAGGUUAUUGCUGCGUACCGAGCUCAAGGAAAGCCUGAUGCGGCAAAAAAGGGAGUUGUCAAGGCUGAAAAGAGCAAGAAACAGAAGGAAGAGGAGGAAGAUGAGGAAGAUGAAGAUGAAGAAGAAGAUGAUGAUGAUGAAUAAGUUGGUUCUAGCGCAGUUUUUUUUUUCUUGUCUAUAAAGCAUUUAACCCCCCUGUACACAACUCACUCCUUUUAAAGAAAAAAAUUGAAAUGUAAGGCUGUGUAAGAUUGCUUUUUAAACUGUACAGUGUCUUUUUUUGUAUAGUUAACACACUAUCGAAUGUGUCUUUAGAUAGCCCUGUCCUGGUGGUAUUUUCAAUAGCCACUAACCUUGCCUGGUCCAGUAUGGGGGUUGUAAAUUGGCAUGGAAAUUUAAAGCAGGUUCUUGUUGGUGCACAGCACAAAUUAGUUAUAUAUGGGGAUGGUAGUUUUUCAUCUUCAGUUGUCUCUGAUGCAGCUUCUACAAAAUAAUUGUUGUUCUGUUAACUGAAUACCACUCUGUAAUUGCAAAAAAAAAAAAAGUUGCAGCUGUUUUGUUGACAUUCUGAAUGCUUCUAAGUAAAUACAAUUUUUUUUAUUAG